UCUUGACGUCUGGUGCGGCGGCGCGAAUGUUUGUGUAGCGCGAGAUGAUGUUUUUGUUGUUCUAAUCUUCUGAAUAUGGCUUCGUAGUUCGUUUGACAAGGCGUAGGGAAAGCCCCCCCCAAUUUGUUUCAGCUUGCCUUCAAGCAUCGCUGCAAGAUCUGCACUACACACAGUGACACAGCCGAGGAAAUGCGGACUUCUAGCCCUUUCACUACGGGUUAAAUGGCUGCAGCACCCACACCGUAGCAAGCUGUGCCGGCCUACCCCGACCAAAUCCGGACGACACUGGGCCAGUUGUGCGCCGCCCUAUGGGUCUCCCAUUCACGGCCGGAUGUGAUACAGCCUGGAUUCGAACCAGAUCCAGUGAGGUGCUAGGAUUGACCAGUGACGGCCUAAGAGGAACAAGAGAAGACCCAGAGGUUUCUACUCAGCAGUGCCACAGUGUCAGAACGGUCCAGCAGUAUGCCAAGCCAAAACCUCGUCUAGCUCCCAGUCCACAGUGAAGACCUGUCACAAUGGCUCAGGCCGGAUGGGAACAGGCUUACUCCGUGAUAAGAGAGGAUCUAUGUUUACCUACAUCCUCUAUGCUGCUCUGGGGCACUUUUUAAUUAUGUCUUAUUUGAUCCUCUUGAAUGACUUUUGGCCUGCUCAUAAAAAAGGUACUCCAUUAGAUGUUCCCUCGUCCCAGGCAUCUCUGCGGCACUGCGGCUAGCCUCAUGAGGCUGUGUGGCACACUGCUCCCAGAGGCAUUCCCUGUGUGUCUGUAAGGCCUCCUCCCCACUCUAUGGAGGCGGAGCCCAGCCAUCCUGCUGAUGGUGAGCGAUCCGGAAGGCAACAGCAGCCUCUGUCUGCUGGGGCCGCUGAGUCCCCCACAGGGUCCCAUCCACAGCAGCCGCCAUCCAACCCCCGCCCCGUCCACGGUGGCCUGGGACGCCUCCACCACCGCAAGCCCAAGCGUAGCGACCUGCUCCUCAGGCUUCAGCAUCAGCACAAGACCCAAGCAGCAGCAUGGCAGCACUCAACAGACACCCCAGGUCCUUCAGGAGGCAGCAUCCCCUCCAUCUCAUCCCUACAAUCCUCCUCUACCCAAGGCCAUAACACUCAUGGGGUCCAGUCCCAGCCCAAUCAGGAAGCCCCAGAGGGCAGCCCAUCUAAAAGAGGUGAGAGGAAGCCCCAGAAACCGGGGAAGUAUGUGUGCACUUACUGCGGCCGUCCAUGUGCCAAACCCAGCGUUCUCCAGAAACACAUCCGCUCUCACACAGGGGAGAGGCCUUACCCCUGCGUCCCCUGUGGCUUCUCCUUCAAGACCAAGAGUAACCUGUACAAGCACCGCAAGUCCCACGCCCACCGAAUCAAGGCAGGCCUGGCGUCCAGCCGGGACGAGCUGAGCCUGAGCGGACCUGCGAUGAGCGCCCCGGGAGAGGAUCCCGAGGAGCCUACAGAGGGGGAGAGUACAGACUCUGAGGAGGAGUCGGGUCAGUACAGGAAGGAGAAGUUGGGCAAGCAGAAGAGUAGCAGCAGUUUGGUGCUGUUAGGGCAAGAGGAGGGCCAGAGGUCUGACAACUCCCAGGCCGUGAAGCAGAGACUGGCCAUGAGGCUGAGUGAGAGGAAGCGUGGCCCCAUGGCCUCCCCAGAAGCCCCUCCCUCUUCCUCCACCUCCUCCUCACUGGGCCCCAGUAGUAAAGGCAGCCAAGAGUCAGGCUACUUCUCCCUUUCGAGGAGCACUGAGAUGAGCCGAGCUGACUCCCAGGUGAGCCCUCCCACCGCCAAAACCUAUGCCGAGAUCAUUCUGGGCAAGUAUGGACGGCUUGGAGGGCAGCAGCGCGGUCCCCAUCAGCAGCACACCCACUCUUCUUCACCAGGGAUGGAGGAGAAGAGUAGCAUGCCCUUCAGCGUGCCCAAGACGCAGGUCAUCGAGCACAUCACCAAACUCAUCACCAUCAACGAGGCGGUGGUGGACACCAGCGAGAUUGACAGCGUCAAGCCCAGGCGCUCCUUGCUCUCCAGGAAGAGUAGUCUGGAGUUACCCAAGUUCUCCUGCCCCAAAUACCCCUAUAUGUUUGAGCCUAAGGGAGAAAUCCCAGGCCCCAGUAUGGCAGGCCAAUCAUUCUUUCCCCAUGUCCAAGACGUGGACCCAUCGGGGGUCCAGGAGUCUUCCUCUUCAGUGCCUCUGCUGAGAAGCCACUCCAUGCCCACCUCAGCAGGCCAGGGAAACCACUCCACCACCUCUCCCUGGGGCUUCUGUCGUCUGAGCCACUCCUUUGAUGAGCAGCAGGCUGUGGUGGCCGAGAUGAGGGUGGGCGGGCAGCACCGUUUGCUGAGGCGCCAGCCCGCCAUCGAGGUGCCCCUCGGGGCUGAACUCAGCCUGGAGGAGGCUGGCCCCUCCUACGCAGCAACAGAAAGCGGCCUAACCAGGAAGCAGCAACAGCAGCAACGCAAAGGUCCAAGGCUCUAUGAGUGCAAGGCCUGCGGAGUCCGCUGUAAACAAAGGGAGAGUUACGAGGCCCACAGGGGUCUUUGCACAGGCCAGCCAAUAAAGGAGCUGGAGAGAGGUGAGGUGGAUGGGGCGUGCCGGGAUGACCGUCCCCAGAUGAUGCACUAUAAAUUCCGGGCACUGGCCAUGGCAGUGAGGAAGAGGAGGAAAGAGGAGAGUCUGGAGGAGGAUCCUCCCAGCCCCGAGCCUACAGCUGUUGUGACCUGCAGCCCCGCAACCACCACUGCAGUGCCAAGCCUGGUGGAGCAGAGUGAGGCCUUCUCAGGUGCUCUCUCACAGACUGAGCAGCAGCAGCAAGACAGGAAGGGUAUCUCUGUCAUCCAGCACACCAGCUCCUUCGAGAAGCAGGAAAGUAUAUCCAUGGAGAGCCAGGAGUCUAUAGAGCUCAGAGAGAGCCAGUCAACACUGCAAAAACAGCCGCUGCCAAAAUCAUCGCCCUCCAUGUCCCGCCUGGUCCGCCAGCACAACAUCCAAGUGCCAGAGAUCCUAGUGACGGUGGAACCUGACGCUGAUAUGGUGCCAGUGUCGCCCACGGCGACGACAUGCUUGUCCAAGGAGCCAGAGAGAGUGGUAGAGGAGUUCCAGUGGCCUCAGCGCAGCCAGAGUAUGGCUCAGCUCCCCGCCGAGAAGCUGCCACCAAAGAAGAAGCGUCUCCGUCUAGCCGAGGCUGCUGCCCAGUCUGCAUCAGCCUGGAGGGAAAGGAGGAAGUGCCUACUUGUGAAGCACGCCACCCUGGGUGAGCCAGACCACGAGGAAGGGGCCAUGGCCAGCCACUCGGGCCGACCAGGGAGCCCCAAGCCAGGCCCGUCCUACACCAGCCACCCUGCCCUCCACCCAGCUGAAGCCAGCACCUCGAGGCUCAGCCCGGAGGCCAUAGGGAAGACCGUACAGCUGUUCCACCAGCCCCGGAUACCCCCAUUCCCCAUGCAACCAACUGGGCAUGAUCGGUUCCCUCUUGGCCAGAUAGCCCAGCUCCACCCGGUCACCACUGCCAUCUCAGAUGUCCUCUCCACCCACAUCAUCCACAGAGCCUUCUUACACACACACCCUUCUCCUCCAACCAUACAAGUCCACCCAGGGCAGCUUCACAUGGCAGAAUGCUUAGGCCUGCCCCUCCAUCCUUUCUCAGCUCUGCUCUCCCUGCAGUACCCCACCGGGCCUGACGAGAAUGUGUACUUCCCCGUUUCCCCUGGGCUCACCAUCCAAGUCUCCACACAGCCCCCCAUACCCCCCACUGUGGUUCUCCCGUCCCCAUCUCCUCAGUCCUUAGUCCCCCUACCUUGCCUCCAUCCCCCGCCUGUCAUCGCAACGUGCCUGGCGCAGCUGAUGCCAGUCGUGUCACUGGUGGUGCCAGUGCGCCUCCAGACCCACAUGACCACCUAUGCCAGUGCCCUGUACACCACCCUAUCUCAGAUCUUGGCGUCAGCCCGCUCCCAGGAGCCCAUCUGCUGCAUGGCCAUGGUUAUCAUGGGCCAGCUGGAGCAGGACAAGCUGCAGAGGGCCUAUCUAAAGAUCCCCACCCCGGACUUCAAGAGCUACCUGCCCCUGUCUCUGCCCCUGGAGCUGGGCUCUGUGUCCAGGGAGGGCUACGGGCCACUGGGGGCUGGAGGGAGCAAACGCAUGCUCUCCCCUGCAGCCAGUCUGGAGCUUAGCACAGAGGCCCAGCGUCAGCAGAAACGAGUGAAGGAGGAAGAGGUGGAGGAAGAGAAGGUGGGAGAGGAAGAGGAAAAUAAGGGUACUGGGAGAAAACUGGAAGCAGGGGAGGAUGAAGAGAAAGAGCCGGAAAGGGCACAGAUAGGAGUAGUUACUGUGAAAGUCGAGGAGGAAGAGAAGGUACGGGACCCAGAGGGGCACAGGGAAGAGAGGGAGAUGCAAGGGAAGGCUGAACCUAAGAAAGAAAAGGGGAGGGAGGAGAAUGAGGGCCAGGGAGUGAGUGCUUCCUUUGUACCCCAGAGUCCAGAGCGAGCCAAAGCCCCCUCGUAUACCAGCCUCCACACAACCACCUCAGUCAGCUGGUGCUACUUGAACUACGUGAAGCCCAACCCGUCUGCCCAGAGGGAGUCACAAACCUCCGUUUACACCUCCUGGAGCGUCAGCGUGCACAACCCCAACCUGCCAGGCCUGUCCACCAAGCUGGCCCUGUCCCUGCUGAGCUCCAAGCAGAAGCACAGCUUGGAGACCUACACCAUGGCCACAGCUCUAACCCCUGCGACAGGCAAGGUGGUCUCUGCCAGCAGCAGAAAGACCUACAUUUCAGAGGUACAUGCUAUCCCACCCAGCACCCCUGUCGAAGUGAAGGAGCCACCACAGCAGCCUGAGGAGGAGGAGAAGGGGAAGAGAGAAGAGCAAGGGCCCUCCACCUCCAAACAGAGCGAACCUCUCUGCGUCCAAAUCUUCGAGGGCGGGUACAAGUCUAAUGAGGAAUAUGUGUAUGUGCGGGGUCGCGGCAGAGGAAAGUAUGUCUGCGGAGAGUGCAGGAUCCGCUGUAAGAAGCCCAGCAUGCUAAGGAAGCACAUUCGAACACACACGGAUCUCCGGCCCUACAUCUGCAAACACUGCAACUUCGCCUUCAAAACCAAAGGGAACCUUACCAAGCACAUGAAGUCCAAGGCUCAUGGGAAGAAGUGCCAGUCAAUGGGAACGUCUGGGUCUUCACUGGACGAGCCAGAGACCGAGGAAGCAGGAGGUAUUGAAGAGCAUUUGUCUGGGUUCGAGGACCAGGAUGAGCACCAGUGCUCUGACGUGGAUGAUUCAGAGGAGGACGAUGAUGAGGAAGAGUCCUCAUCUCACGACGAGCCGCCCUCAUCCUGCUCCUCCGACCGCAGUCUGUCAACAAGGGGGCAUUCCAGCAGCGGAAGACGGUCCCAGCAGGGCACGCCUGACCCCUCAGCCCCAGAACCCCAGCUAGAUCCCAGCCCCUGGCCCAGCCAGGAGCUCUCUCCCACCCGUAGACUGUGGCACAGCGGGCAUGCUUCCUCUCCAGAAAGCCGGAGGGCACUGUUCUCCCGCCGGGGCUGGGACACCUCCCUCAGGGCCUUCUCCCCUAGCAGUGAGAGCUCUCCCAUCCAAAGCCUUUCCCCCAGACGGGAGCUGGACUCCCACAACCGACACCUCUCGCCCUCCCCCAAGAGAGGACCAUCCCCCAUCAGAGCUCUAUCCCCCCUGUACUCCAUGCGGCCUCUCUCCCCUCUCCGGCCGAUGUCCCCUAGCCAGUAUCGGAUGUUGUGGGCUCCUGCCUCUCCCUCGCCCCUGGGGGUGCAGCAUAGACCUUGCAGCUCACCCAGUCGUUUGCCAUGGGACAGCGAUCGCAUACAGGUGGGUUCAAUGGAGAGGAUAGGAACACCAAGUGAAGGGCAGAUUGGUCCAGAGCCCUGCCUGUCAUUCCCCCCAGCUUUCCGUCUGUCCCCUAGUGACAGCCCUAAAGCCCAGUCCCAGUCCAGGGACUGCAUCUUCAGCCACCUGCCUCUGCACUCCCAGCAGGCCAGGGUGACCUACCUGAUGAUUCCCAUUGGGGGCAUUCAGAUGGUGCAGGCUCGUCCCCACUCCCACCCCACUACCCCCACCUCGGCCUCCUCUCCCCCGAUGGAGAGGCUUCUACUGGGCCAGACCAGGAGGGAAGCCCCCUGGUGCAGGACCCCCAGAACUCAAGGGCUCAGAACUCCUGGGGACCACUGGUCAGACAGCCAGGAAGUAGUAGGAGCCAGCCAAUCAGGGCUGUGCAUUCCCAGUUUUACCCCACCCAUACGUUCCAAACCCUCCAUCUCGCAGCAGGGUAGGAUCGACCCAGGGAUGAUAAACACAAAGCAAUAUGACAGCUCCUCCCACUCACACAGGUCUGAGGCAGAGACCAGAGAACGAUGGCCCUCACAUGGCCAGGCAGGACCAUCCACCUAGUCAGCCAGUCCCCCCCCCCCCCCCCCUCCCACACACAGGAUUGGACAGCUGUUUGAGAGGCAGGAGCCACCAGGGUUGCGGUUCAGAGCGACUGGUUCAGAAUUGGUAGAGGGAGGAGCUAAAGGCGGAGACUCAACCAAUCAAGGCCAGAGCACUUAGCCACCCUUUGAUACGUCUAUGCGUCCUUUACGUUUUUUGUUGCUACUCUUGUUUUUGGGUUUUGUAUUGCUUUGUUUUUAUACCGUUUUCAAUACAAUUGUUAACUUAAAUGUUAGUUCUUCUGCAAUAUUCAGGUUUGUUAUAAAAUGCACUUUUUUCUUUUUGAAGAUUUCUUUAAAUCUCUCGAUCUUACCUUCUGUAUCUCUAUUGAUACUGCUAUCUUAAUAUAUAUUUGAAUAUAUAUGUAAAAUAAAUAUGAAUACAUUUGUAAAUUACCAAAAUCUUUAAUCAACAAUAAAUGCACAUGUUGUUUUGUCUCUUUGUCCAGUAUUACUCAAACUGUAGUUACUUGUGCCUUUUCUGUCUGGGUUUGUGUCUUGAGAUGACGACAAAGAUAAAAGGCUGUGAAGUUUUGAUAUGCACUCUGUGUUUCCAGGAAGGGGGUUCCUGUGUGGCGUGAUGACUGUUUGUAUCCUUAAAGGGAUAGUUAAGGGUUAGAGGUAGUUUCGCGAGCCAAUGCUAACUAGCUGUACCCGAAGACUUCCAGUCUUUGCACUUAGCUAGUUAGCAUUGGCUUGCGAAACUACAGUACCUCUACCUUCAUUCAUACUGGAUGCAGAGACAUAAAAAUGAAUUUCCAAAACCCCAAACUAUCCCUUUAAGGCCAUUGCAUUGAGGUCAGGGUAUUUUAAAUAUGGUAUAUGAGGUGGUAUAUUGGAGGAACAGUGAGCGCUUUGCAAAGAAAAUGCACUGAAGUCAUAUUUUUUUAUAAAAAAAGAUUUGUCAAUGUAAUGUCAAUGUACGGAGAAGUGCUCCAUAUUUAUUAUUUUGUUAAACUAUGAAAGUAAUUAUUGUUUAAGUUCUUUUACUUUAUAUUUUUGGAGGAAAAAAAGAUGCAAUCUUUUUUUGUCUGUCUUUUUCAUAAUGUUCUCACGACUUGAAAUGGAGAUGGACAAGAAGGUCUCUUUAAGAUUGGAUAUGGUACAAGGAGGAACAAGUGCCCUAAAGAUUUUCACACACAGCAAAUGUUUUGUCUCUGAACCAAUAAAAAGUGCACCAGACUUC